UACCUUUCCCUUAGGAAUGACUUGUGUUAUGUAUUGUCUGCGAAAGAGGGACGACGAAUCCGCGGGGUGAGUGUCUCUUCUGGUAAGUUUAAUAUAGUUUAUGGCAGAGUGGUAAGCCAGCGAGUACCAGGCACCGUGGCAGCAGCUAGCAGAGCCACGGUCUGGUGUGCGUUAGGAGAAGGUCUCAAGAGCCGGCGGCCCAGGAGAAGGGGAAGCGUGUUCCGGCAGACAGCUUGGCGUCCUACGGUUCGCAUUACGAGAAACCGUAGCCUUACGUAUCUCCUGGGGGCCCCUCGUGUGGCCAGGCACUACCCCCUCCAGACCGGUAAUGCUUACCACCAGUCCCACUUCGCUCGCUCGUUCGCUCGCUGGCUCUCACUGACUUGGUUACUUUAUUCCCUCGCCGGCAACGGCCAUUCGUCAAGACUUCCAUCUCCUUAUGAGUUGUCCCGAGGAUCAGCAGGAGCCGAGGACACGGGAUUGACUUUGUAUCUGAAUAGACGCGAGAGAAUCGGAAGGGAUUCUUCGUUGUGUCGAAAGGAGGAAAUAUAUUUAAGGUUAGAAACUACUCGAGCGGCAAUGCUUUUUCUAUUCAGAGUGCUUUUUAGGUUGCUGCAUGUAAGUCUAACGACUCGUAUACCUUGCUCGUGAGGUUAUAAGAUGUUUGAGGUUACGAACGUCGGGCCGUAGACGCCGUGGCGUCACUGUCAACAUUGCCGGCAACGGUGCUGACACGUUUAUCUAGUUAGUUACAAGUGGUGCGCGAUGUCGGUACGUGAAUUUUCAGUGCGCCCGAGGAAACGCGAGAGCCGGGAUAGUAAUCCGACCCGAAUGCAAGGUAAAAGUGUUCGAUCGUACGAUCGGUCGGAUCGUUGGAGCGUAGAGGACGGACGUGGUCGCGCGGCCCUGACUAUCACUUCUGUAUUAUGGCAGACCGAAUGUUCGAAUUGCGCGCGUUUUAUGUAUCAACGAGUUAUUUAUCGUGCAUUGUUGCUAUCGCUAUUGCCCCUUUCACCAUCGGGCACUUCCUUCGGCGCUGCACAGUGAGGUUAUUCUACGAGUUAUCUACUAAAUUCCUGAGCGAACCUCUCAAGGAUACUUCGAGUCUAGAAACUCGUACCGAAAUUUUCAGACCAGCAAUGGAAUCCACUGGGGUUCUUGUUUCUUAUACUUAUGGUGAAGGACGUCUAAGUGAGUCUUAUGGAUCCUCAGGAAUACUGAUAGAUCAUAACUGGAUCCUUACUCAUGGAUCCUUAAUGAAGCCUGCAAUAUUCAGGAAUACAAGUAUUUUGAAUUUCGUGGAUCUAUUAACACCUGGAGAGAUCAUUGAGAUACCUGAGAAUAUAUCAUGUCAGUUAAAUUUUCAAAUCAGUGAGGACCGAGCAAGUGAUCCUGAAGAACCUCAGGAUAUUCAUCAGGCUGAAGGAUGUGCAGUAGCUGCUUGGAAAUGUCCUUUACUUAAGGAUACUCUGGAGAAUGUCUUUCUCACUUGGAGUUUUGAUAAAUUGUCUGAAUCGAAUAGGAUCCUUUUGCCUGUAUUUUUAUUGGUGCAACUUCAAGAUAUUCAGGGUAAUGGCAGUACUGUUAGAGAGGUUCUCGAGAGACUACACAGUAUCCUAGUCACUCCAGGACGUGGACAGAAUAUUGAAGUCCAGGCUACACCUUUUGGAAAUCCUGUCUUUAUUCAUUCUGUCGCUAGAGGUGUUGUUAGUAAUAUUAUAGGAUCACAUAAAUCUGUGAUCCUUACUGAUGCCAAUGCUGUUCCAGGAUGUGAGGGAGGUCCUGUUUAUAUGAUACGAAACAAUAGUGAGAAAAUUUUGUGUGGCAUGGUCAUUGCACCUUUGAGUUGGUGUCGUGGUGAAUGGGUAGAUUACACUUUUGUAGCAAACCUCAAACCUAGUUUAGAAAGAAUUUUGGAAAAUCAUGGUACGCAAGAACUCAUUGAAAAGGAUAGCAAGGAGCAGGAUUCAAAAUUAGCUGUUUUAUUGGAUAAAAGUGUCUUGGUUGUAAAAUGCGGUGCUGGCUGGGGUAGUGGGAUUCUCUUGGAUAAGAAAACCGGUACAAUCCUGACUUGUUCACACGUGGUUAAGGAGGCACCACGCAGCAGGAUAAAAGUUCUUCACCGUAGCAAUUGUGAAAAAGGUGGGGGAACCUCCACGUGGGCGAGAUUAAUAUACAGAACCCCUGAUGGGAAGCCCUAUGACGUAGCGGUGCUUAAGGUUGAUCCUGGCGAGAUUAGCCCAACCCUGGUGGAUAUAGCCAUUGGCACUGAUCCUGUCCAACGUGGAGAUGCCGCUGCUACUGCAGGUUUUCCAUUCUUCUCGUCGAACUUACCAACUGUAUCCCGAGGCAACGUUUCCAAAUGCUUAUCCUGUAUGAUACAAACAACUUGUUGCGUUCAGAGUGGUACCAGUGGCGGUCCAGUUGUACGUUGGCCAACUGGUGAAAUGUUAGGAAUGAUUGUUUGCAAUGCAAUAUCAUCUUCAAAUUCUGCACUUUACACCCGAUUGAAUAUGGCGAUACCGGUAUCUGUUCUUAAGGGACCAUUGGAUGAGUACAUAAGGACAGGAGACGUUAGGGUUUUGGAGUGUUUAGAAAGCGAUGACCCGACUGUACGUCAGACGUGGAGUCUCUACGUGGUGCCUGUGUCGAAAAUUUAAUUAAAAGAAAUUGAUACACUCCAUGCCUGUAAAACAUGUCGCUCGACUUCGUUAGGACUAGGAAGAAACGACGGCUAUUCUCGAGUCCCGUUGGAGACGACGCUGCCAGUUCAGAAUACAUCUUACGGUGCCGCGGCCCCUUACUAUAAUUAUACUACCUUUCUCGCGAAUUUAUUUUCACGUUGGCAACGCUCGCUUGAUUAGAGAUCUUAGAUUAGACCCUAGUGUGAUUAUGGUGAUCGGCGUGGCGGUAGGCUGCUGCGUCAUAAAGAUUCGAAACACAGUAAAAAGUUCCUGCCAAAAAUAAAACAAAUAUAUCGUAUAGAAACAUACAAAUUUAUUCCGUACGCUGAUAUACUCUUGAAUUUUUUAAAUAUCAAAACUAUAAAUAAUAUUUUGUAUAUAUAUAGGAUUUCCGGGGAACAAUAGAGUAUUGCGUUUGGAUUUAUUAAUCGAACUUUUAUUGAGCUAUUUUUAUUUUACAUUUGUCGCUGUUUCUGUUUUUUUUUGUCUUUUUUUUUUGUUUUAUAAACGUACGACUACAUUCUUCUUGCCAUGAUACACUUGCUACUUCCUGUUUGAGAUACUUUGCGAAUUUUCUCCUCACGAGGUCACACUAGUCUCGCACUUUGAAUACUAAUGCUUAGCAAGCGAAUACCAGACUUGCUACGUACAGUGUUGAUAUAUACAUACAGUUGUGUAAAUUUCGUUUAUAGUAACCAUUACUUAAUCUCCUAUUAUAGAGCACGCUACUUAUAUUGGUAUUUCUAGUUAUAAUCUGAAACUGCACUGGUUAAACAUGCAAGCUAUGACGCUACUGUUACGUCAUUUCUUAUAUUCUUUGUUUUGUUAUUCCACAGUGAAUGAGAUAGCUGUAAACGAUUCUUGUUAUCGCAGUACAAUUUUUCUUAUGUCAUGCGGGUGUCUCGAUUGAUUGAUAUGGGGGAUCAUGUUCUCUUCUUGUAAUUGGCAUUAAAAAUCAUUAUGGAAUUAUCCAAGAUAAUCAGCACCUUUGCUACGCUGGUACACGCAUACUCCACUUUCAAAAUGAUUAGCAGUGCCAUCUGUGGUAAAUUACAUAAAAUACAAAUAUGUAUCGAUGAACUUAUUUGUUGUAUCCGUUGGACUUAAUUUUUCAUAUUCAAUUAAAGCGAAGCUUUGUCAUUUCUA